CUGAAGUAGAAAUUUUAAAUUUUAAAUUUUAAAUUUUUUUUCGUUGUAUAUUAUAUAUAGUAUAGCAUAGUAUAGUAUAGAGAGAGAUUGAAUGAUGAUUUGAAAUAUUAUUGGAAGUUUAUGAUCUUAGAAUUUGGAUGGAAAUGGCGUCGAACAAGAUCGAACGCGCUCACCAGAUGUACCGCGACGGACGCUACGGCGAAGCGUUAGGGUUCUACACGGAGGCGAUCGCCAUGGCCAAGACGAAGCCCCAGAAGAUCGCUUUGCAUAGCAAUCGUGCUGCUUGUUUUCUCAAGCUUCACGAUUUCAAGAAGGCAGCAGAAGAGUGUACCUCAGUGCUUGAGCUUGAUUACAAUCACAGUGGAGCAUUGAUGCUGCGGGCUCAAACACUAGUCACCCUGAAAGAGUACCAUUCAGCACUUUUUGAUGUCAACAGACUCUUAGAGUUGAAUCCAUCCUCAGAGGUCUAUCAAGAACUUCAAGCUCGCUUGAGGACACAAUUGUCUCUUGCUCCAAUACCAGAGUCAGAAGAGGAGUUCGAAGAACAGGAAGAGGAGAAGGCUGAGGUGAUACUAAAAGUAGAGAAUAAGAAGGAAGAAAUGGGAGGGAAAUAUGCGGCAACUUCUAAUACUAGGACACAUCAAAAGGAUGAACUUGGCAAAGGUAUUAUUAGUGCUGAAUGUGCUCCCCAGGAAACAGACUCCAAGUUUUCAUCCAAACAAGGAAGAGACCAUAACUAUGAGCAUAAAAAGUCAACAGCAGAGGCACUAGUUCCCAAAGCGCCAAACAGGGAAUCGACCGAGCAACCUUCCAAAGCAUGGCAAACUAUUCCAAAACCAAAAGGACAUUCAUCUCUAGACUAUGCACGCUGGGAUAGUGUUGAAGAUGAUUCUAGUGAAGAUGACGACAACGAUGAAGAUGAAGACUGCCAGUACCGAUUUCGUGUAAGAACAGUCGGUGUACGUCCUGUUAAGUGAGAAGAUUCUAAUAUGCUAUACCUAAAAAUAGCUGUUUUGAUCCCAUAGUGAACAUAGAAGUGACCUCUGUUGGGCAAGAAUGGACUGGUUGGAAUAGGUCAAUCAUGCUAUCUGUCUUGAAGAUCUAUGAAUUCUAGAGAUGUACAAUAUUUUACCAGUUGAUUUGUAGUCACUGGUCAUGAGCUAUUUGAACUCUGAAUUUUACCUGGACUCCCUCUGUUUGGGGCUUCUAACUUCUUGAUGUCCAGGUCGUUUGCACCUUUUGUGAUGGUAAGUUUUAAGAGUUCAUGUUUCCAUAUUGGACUAGAAGUACAGGGAGAGUUCUUCAGCUGCUGAGGCCCAUCCAGGAUGACCAAUACCAUUGCAGCAGGGGCGAGGUGAUCAUUUUUCUGGUGAUAUGAUACUGUUUCCACAGCUAUAACUAAUAUCGGAAUUUCCUGAUGCUUAAUUAUUGCAGAAAAAUAAGUAUAAGGUUGCAGCUGUGAGUACCCUUUUUGUAAUUCUUUCUCUCAUGCAAAAGCAAAAUCUAGUCAUUCAAGUGGGGCAUGAACUUGUGAUUUAUCCUCUGCUUUUUGUAUUUUUUCUGUAAUAUGAUUUAUUAUAAGGGCAUAUAUAGUUUUGUGUUGAUGUAUUUCUUUUUAAACACUAAAUACCGUACAAAUUUCAUACCCUUUAUUUAUUUC